AUGUCGAAGCGAGGACGCGGAGGAUCGGCGGGGAACAAGUUCAGGAUGUCGCUGGGUCUGCCAGUGGCAGCGACGGUGAACUGUGCUGAUAACACAGGGGCGAAGAACCUCUACAUAAUUUCAGUUAAAGGAAUCAAGGGGCGGCUCAACCGUCUUCCCUCAGCCUGCGUCGGCGACAUGGUCAUGGCCACCGUCAAGAAGGGAAAGCCCGAUCUUCGUAAGAAGGUCAUGCCCGCAGUCAUCGUCCGCCAGCGUAAACCUUGGCGCAGAAAGGACGGCGUUUUCAUGUACUUUGAAGAUAAUGCUGGGGUCAUUGUGAAUCCAAAAGGUGAAAUGAAAGGUUCUGCCAUCACUGGCCCAAUUGGGAAAGAGUGUGCUGAUCUUUGGCCUAGGAUUGCCAGUGCUGCCAAUGCUAUAGUCUAG